AUGGCCAAAGCCGGAGACCAUCGAAAACUCCAACUCAAUGAGUUAGAGGAGCUCUGCAAUGAUGCAUAUGAGAGCUCCAAAAUUUACAAGGUUAGGACUAAGUUAUUUCAUGAUAAACACAUUUCUCGUAAGUCCUUCGAGCCUCACCAAAAAGUGUGGUUGUUCAAUGCCAAAUUGCGGUUGUUUCUAGGUAAACUCCAGUCUCGGUGGGAUGGCCCAUAUGAGCUUAUCGAAGUAUUUCUGUAUAUGGCGGUUGAGAUUAAAAAUCCAAAAGAUGGUACGACCUUCAAGGUCAAUGGCCAAAGAUUGAAACACUAUAUGGAUGGUAUUCAAAGAAGGGAGAUGAUUGAGGUUGUCUACUUGACAACCCAGUAUAUCUUCCAUCGUAAUUGCUUUAAGUCUAGGGGUCUUUAA